AUGAUGCGUAGUCUGGUCCUCUUCUUCGUCGGCCUUCUGGUGCCCUUUUUGCUGGCCAAACCCGAAUCGUAAGUCGCGGGUUACUGUAGAUUUAAGUGCUUGUAGACCGAAUGGAGUUGGGUACGAGUACAACAGAGAUUGGAGAGCUGAGAUGAGCCCACACAACUUCUACAGAUUCAGGUAGGUAAUAUACCUUUUCGUCAAUUGACACUUUACAAAUUAAUGUUUGUAGCUUGUUCUUAGCAAUACCUCAUAAUCCAAUCUGUCACGAUUUUUUUUAAUUUGCUUUACAACUUUGUGUUUUUUAGAUCUUCCAAUAGAGUUUAAACUUACAGUAGUAAAAGCUUUUUUUAAACUUCAUGUAUGUAAUUUAAAUACUGUAAUUUAGACGCUACAAUGUGUUCGCCAAUGACAAGCGGUCAGACAUGGAGUUCGACGACCCACGGUAAGUUGGCUACAGAAUAGCAAAAAGUACAGUAACAUUAGCAAGCCGGUUAACCAAACACAAAAUAUCAUUUUUUUAUACAAUUAACCGACUAUUACCUAUAUCAAGAUAAAAUAUAAUUUAAAAACUUUUAAAAUUUUAAACUUAUUUACCUCGGAAUUUCAAACCAAGUUCUUUCCCGUUACAGUAUCCUCAAAACUUUUUUGGACUUAAAAUAUGGAGGAUUGAAGAACUCUAAAAUGCAUGACUGUUUCAGAUACUUUUCGACCGCAUUUGGAAAGCGAGCAGCUAGCCAGUUUCUCUGA